AUGAUGAUCUGCGCACACAAUGCGCGAACGCUUGCAUCGGGAGCGUCCAUUGAAGAUCUUAUGAUACAAGCCAGGAAGACUAACUACACAAGAGGAAGAGGAAUUGGUCCAGCAUCAACCUGCGAUGAAACCGACGUCGAUGCCCUCUAUGCGUUCCCACAAAGUUUCACAGAGAAGAUAAUAACAUCUACAAAGUCAUUGUUGGUCACAUCAACGUCAGAAUUAGCCCUACAAGAUGCCUGA